AAGGGGGGUGGGAGGGUCAAAGGUUGCACCCAACCCUCCCUGGCUGGGGAUAAAAGUGGGGACAAGGGUACAGCCCGGUGCAGAAGCCAAUCCUUGGUGUCCAGACCCAGCAGGAUGAGGCUCGCCGUCCGCGCAUUGCUGGCCUGCGCGGUCCUGGGGCUGUGUCUGGCCGUCCCUGAUAAAACUGUGAGGUGGUGUGUCGUCUCAAAUCAUGAAGCCAGCAAAUGUACCAGUUUUAAGAAAGCUCUUCCUGAGGCUGGACCCCUAAUGGCCUGUGUGAGGAGAACCUCUUAUGUGGACUGCAUCAAGGCCAUCGAGUCAAAGGAAGCGGACGCAGUCACUUUGGAUGCAAGCUUGGUGAUGGAGGCGGGCCUGGCCCCCUACAACCUGAAGCCUGUUGCAGCUGAGUUCUAUGGCUCUAAAGAACACCCCGUGACCCAGUACUAUGCUGUGGCUGUGGCGAAGAAGGGCUCCAACUUCCAGCUGAACCAGCUACAGGGCAAGAAGACCUGCCACACAGGCCUAGGCAGGUCAGCCGGUUGGAUUGUCCCUCUGGGUGUCUUGUACCAACAGCUGCCUGAUCCUCAAGACUCGCUUCAGAAAGCGGCGGCCAACUUCUUCGGGGGUAGCUGCGUGCCCUGUGCCGACGGGAAGGCCUUCCCCAAACUGUGCCAGCUCUGCUCCGGGACUGGGACAGACAAGUGUGCCUGCUCCAACCACGAGCCCUACUUUGGUUACUCCGGUGCCUUCAAGUGUCUGGCAGAUGAUGCUGGGGAGGUGGCCUUCAUCAAGCACACCACAGUAAUGGAGAACUUGCCAAACCAAGCUGACAGGGACAAGUAUGAGCUGCUGUGCAGGGACAAUACCCGGAAGCCAGUGGACCAGUACAAGGACUGCUACCUGGCCCAGGUGCCUUCCCACGCUGUGGUGGCCCGCAGUGUGGAUGGCAAAGAGAAGGAGAUCUGGGAGCUUCUCGACUUUGCCCAGAAACAUUUUGGCAGAGACACAUCUUCGGAGUUCAAGCUGUUCAGCUCUACACUUGGGAAGGAUCUGAUGUUUAAGGACUCGGCUCAGGGGUUUCUGCAGGUCCCUUCCAAGAUGGACACCUGGCUCUACCUGGGCUAUGAGCAUUCCACUGCUGUACGGAACCUGAGGGAAGAAACACGCCCAGCAGAUUCUUUGACAAGUGAAUGCAAGAAGGUGAAGUGGUGUGCCAUUGGCCACCAUGAGAGGACCAAGUGUGACGAGUGGAGUGUCAACAGCGGAGGGAAAAUUGAGUGUGAAUCAACAGAAUCCACCGAAGAUUGCAUUGCCAAGAUUGUGAAAGGAGAAGCUGAUGCCAUGAGCUUGGAUGGAGGCUACAUGUAUAUAGCGGGCAAGUGUGGGCUGGUGCCUGCUGUGGCUGAGAACUACAAAACACAGGGAGCUGCAUGUUCGAACACACCAGAAAAAGGCUAUCUUGGUGUGGCAGUAGUUAAGGCAUCAGAUAAAAGCUUCACCUGGGAUACCCUGGAAGGCAAGAAGUCUUGCCACACGGCUGUGGACAGAACUGCCGGCUGGAACAUCCCGAUGGGUCUUCUCUUCAACAAGAUCAAAAACUGUGAAUUUGAUAAGUUUUUCAGCCAUGGCUGUGCUCCUGGCUACCGGCGUAACUCCAGCCUCUGUGACCUGUGUAUUGGCUCUGCCACUGUGCUUGGCAAGGAAUGUGAUGCCAGCAACCACGAGAGGUACUAUGGCUACACCGGGGCUUUCAGGUGUCUGGUCGAGAAGGGAGACGUGGCCUUUGUGAAAUCUACCACAGUCUCACAGAACACCGAUGGCAAGAACUCCGAAAACUGGGCCAAAGACUUGAAGUCAGGGAACUUUGAGCUGUUGUGCAAGGAUGGCACCAGGAAGCCCGUUACUGAAGCUGAAAGCUGCUUCCUGGCCCAAGCCCCCAACCACGCUGUGGUCUCAAGGAAAGAUAAGGCACCUUGUGUAGCCCAGAUGCUGCUAGACCAGCAGGCUGAGUUUGGGAAAGACAAGUCUGACUGCUCGAACAAGUUCUGCUUGUUCCACUCAACGACCAAGGAUCUCCUGUUCAGGGAUGACACCACCUGUCUGGCCAGACUCCCAGACAAACUGAAGACUGAAACCUACUUGGGAGAGGACUAUGUCAAGGCCAUCUCUAAUAUGCAGCACUGCUCCACCUCGGGUGAGGCCACAAUGCCGCGUAAGAACUACCGCUCCCGUCAUGCCUCUCUUCCCGCUCCUGCGCACAACCUAUUGACACGUUGCUUUGGGCGACCACGUAGUUCAGUCAUGGCCUCCACGGACUCCCGGCGAGUAGGGGGUGACGGUGGGGUCGGGGGCGCUUUUCAGCCCUAUCUGGACUCUCUGAAGCAGGAGCUGCAGCGGAAGGACCCGACCGUACUUUCAGUCGUGGUGGCGUUGCUUGUGGUGCUGCUGACGCUGGUGUUCUGGAAGAUCAUCCGAAGCAGAAGGAGCAGUCAAAGAGCUGUUCUUCUUGUUGGCCUCUGUGACUCUGGGAAAACCUUGCUCUUUGUCAGAUUGUUAACAGGCCUUUACAGAGAUACUCAGACUUCCAUCACUAACAGCUCUGCUGUGUACAAAGUCAACAACAGUAAGAACACUAGCCUGACCUUGGUUGACCUCCCAGGCCACGAGAGCUUGAGACUCCAGUUCUUAGAGCGGUUUAAGGCUUCAGCCAGGGCUGUGGUGUUUGUUGUGGACAGUGCAGCAUUCCAGCGAGAGGUGAAAGAUGUGGCCGAGUUUCUCUAUCAAGUCCUCCUUGACAGCAUGAGCCUGAAGAAUGCACCAUCGUUCUUAAUCGCCUGCAAUAAGCAAGACAUCACAAUGGCAAAAUCAGCAAAGUUAAUUCAGCAGCAACUUGAGAAAGAACUCAAUACACUGCGAGUCACCCGCUCGGCCGCCCCCAGCACCCUGGACAGCUCCAGCACUGCCCCGACCCAGCUUGGAAAGAAAGGCAAAGAGUUUGAAUUCUCACAGUUGCCUCUCAAAGUGGAGUUUUUGGAGUGCAGUGCCAAGGGUGACAGAGGCGACAUUGGCUCUGCGCACAUCCAGGACUUGGAGAAGUGGCUGGCCAGGAUUGCCUGAGGGGCAGGGCCAGAGUACAGGGCAUGCUGUGGACACGUGUGCCCGGUAAAAGAGGCGUGCAGAAUGUCAUCAUGAGCAGCUAGUUCUGGAAACAAAUAAUUGUUGAAAUCCGCUUGAAUUUUUGUUUAAAUUUACUUAGUUCCCUUUUUUCAGAUUGGCCCCUUUUGAUGCUCCUGUCUCUCUCCCUUUUGUUAUGAUGUAUUUAAUGUCCCCUUGGCAUAUGUGUGAGUCCCAGCCAAGAUCUUGGGAGACAUGAGAGCUGGACUCCACGUGGAGAAGAAAUUAUGCAAAUGGUCUCACCAUCUGACAAGUGUCUGCUUCCUCUGCUUCUGUGCUUCAGUCCCCUUUUCCUGGGGACAGACCCACCCACUGGCACUUGCUUUCCAGAUGCCCUGUGUUCAUGGGCAGAGCGCCGUCCAUCUGAAUUCAGAUCCACAGGUAUAGUUAUAACACAGUCUCCUGACAGGUGGGGAACAACCACUCUGAGUCGAUGGUGAGUCUGUUCUGUGUCAUUUGCUCAGUGACCUUCUCACACUUCUGCCUCACAGCACUUAGGGUUCCAAAAUAUGUCCCUGAUGCUUAACUAUUAAGUGCUGAAUCCCCAGAUGCCAAGGCUCUCAUGUGUUCCAGUGGUUUUCCCAGUGAGUAUGAAGGGAGCUCUAGAGGCUGGUCAGUGCUUCUUGCUGCCUCAGUGCUCCUGGGCUGUCCUCAGGUGCUGUCUGAUCAGCUCCUAUCCUUUAGCCAGAACAUGGGGGAACAAAUACAAGAGGAGAAAGGAGAAAAGCUCUCUUUUGAUUGUUUUUAAGUGACAGUAUAUAUAUAUAUAAAGUCUGCCUUUUCAAAGUGGUGUUCAUUGUUUUAAUGUAUGACCUAUUUCCUUUUUUUUUUUUUAAAUAAAUUAUUGACUCUGUGUGUUAGUAAAUACAACUACCUGUCUGGCUUGAGGUAAUGAAAUGGAAUGGCACAGUAAGUGCAGACAGGAGUGUGUGCCAAGAUCCAGGCUUAACUCCCAAGUUUCCAGGAUCAAAACAGUACAGUGUACACAGGAACAGACUUUUCUGUCCCUUUCACAAACGCAGGGACAAGCCCGCCUAAAGCUUCCCAGGAAACCAGGGCGGCCAUCAUUCUGAGAUGCUGGCUCGAGAACAGUGAGGCAGGAGCCACAGCAGGAGGGUGGUGCUCUGGUUCUGCCACUGAAUGAUCUGGGGGGAGCCAAGUGCAGCUGCCUCUAUACCAUGGCAAAGCCUUGGAUUGAAGACGUUUCCUUCCUAAGGAAGUAGGAACCCCAGCACUUGGGAAAAUGUAGCCUUCCCCACUAUGUCUACUUCUUGCUCCCAAUAUUCUUAUUAGACACUUAGUUCUAGUGGCGCAUUGUUGUCAACAUAAAAUAAAGGAAUACUCUCUUAUCUGCA